CACCCCUGAGAACAUUAGUCAUUUGAAAACUCCCCACUACAUGAAGCCCUGGAGACGCUUUAGUGAAUCAGCCUGGAAGCCAUAUAUACAGAACUCUUAUCAGAACAAGUACGAACAUGGAAGUAAAGGCAACAUGAGGGGACGCGUUUUGUAGGGCUGAAAAAAAGAAGAAGAAAAAUUAACACACAGGAAGUAGGAAGUGUGAUCUGCGAUAUCUAUACUUUUUGUGUAUGUGUGUGUGUGUGAGUGUGUAUCGGUGUGUGUGUGUGUGCUUGGUUGAGGUGUAUGUGUGAAAUGAACCACUGACCUGUGCUAUGCGUUAAGGACAAUGUCUCUGAAACUACCUCGCAACUGGGACUUCAGCACCUUCAAGGCUGAGACAGGUCGGAUAGCACGAUCCAAGAGUGUGAUACCUGGAGAGGGAGGCCCUGGCCCGGGCUCGCCGCGCUCCUCCAGGUCCAUGGAGAGGCCGCUAAAGGCCGGCUGGCUCAAGAAACAACAGAGGUCGUUAGUCAAGAACUGGCAACAGCGUUACUUUGUGCUGAGAGGAAGCACGCUGACCUACCACAAAGAUGACAAGGAGACCACUGUCCAGGGAGUUAUCCAGCUACGUUUCAGUAAAGUUAAUGAACUCCCUCCAAACUCAGAUGACCCUGGGAAGUACCUCUUCGAGAUCAUACCACGUACGACUGGAGACAGAGAGCGAUGUCCAUAUGUGUUCAUGGCAAACUCCCAGAGUGACAUGGAGGAGUGGGUCCGUACUCUACGCAGAGUCAUUGGAGUGCCAACAAGUGGAGUGUUUGGAAAGAGUCUCAUGGACACCGUAACAUAUGAGCAACGUUUCGGGCCUCACAUGGUACCAAUCUUGGUGCAGAAGUGUGUGGAGUUCAUUAAAGAACAUGGACUGGAUGAAGAGGGCAUCUUCCGCCUGCCGGGCCAGGACAACGCUGUCAAACAGUUCAGAGACGCCUUUGAUGCAGGAGAGAGGCCCUCCUUCCCCAGUGACACAGAUGUCCACACAGUGGCGUCGCUGCUUAAGCUCUACCUGCGGGAGCUGCCAGAGCCCGUUGUGCCCUGGACUCAGUACCAAGAUUUCCUAGACUGCACCAACCUGAUGGAUAGCUUCACAACAGAGGGUUGGGAAAAAUUGGAGAAGCAAAUAGCUCUUCUCCCUAGAAUCAACUAUAACCUUCUCAGUUAUGUGUGCCGGUUUUUGUUUGAGGUGCAGCAGCACUCCAAGGUGAAUAAGAUGAAUGUGGAGAACUUGGCUACAGUGAUGGGGAUCAACUUGCUCAAACCUCAGAUAGAAGACCCCAUCACUGUGAUGAAAGCGACUCCUCAGAUCCAAAAGCUGAUGACAGUGAUGAUCAGACAGCAUGAGACUCUGUUUCCUCUCUCCAAAGACGUACUUCCCUCCCCUCCCUCAAAAAAGGCAGAGAGCCAGAAGAACACGCCCCGAAGUUUUGUGGGUUGGGAGUCUGCAGAGAUGGGUGAUGCAUCUCUGUCUGAGUCUCCAGAAGAAGAAGAGGACACAGACAGUCUAGGUCCAGAUAGAGGAAACAGCAGCCCACAAACCCUCCCUCCAGAGCCUCUCACACCUUCCGCAGAUGACUGGUUUGGAAGUCCCCGCAAACGCACCCAGACCCUGCCCACCUUCAACUGCCCCCUCACCGGCAUGGCAGCUAAGGCUGACGCUCUCAACCGGUGGAGUCGCAUCCAGGAGAGCACAGAGGAGAAGGGUGGGACAUUGUCAGAGGACAUUUUUAAGAUCCUGGACAUGCGGAGUUCAGGAUCAUUAUUCGGGGGGUCUUCGACGAGUAACAAGGAGGGAGAGCACAGGCUCACGUCCCGAAGAGGAAGUGAUAACACAGGUUCCUCAACAGCUGGCUCCCAAAAACCUGACAGUGAGCCCCGGCCUGCCCGGAUUCUGUCCCAUCAGAAGAGUGCAGAAACCCUGACAGUGGGUGGUUUGAGUCAGGAGGUCAACAGCAAGUCUGAGCUGAAGAAAGACAAUCAGCAGCUUGUAGACAGUCUUCAACAGGAGAACAAGGAGCUGAAGGCCACAGUGGCAGAGCUCCAGUCUGCUUUGGAGGCAGAGCGCCGCCGUGUGGCCGCUCUGGAGAUAUGCCUGAGAAAUGCUGAGCGCAGCCGAGACGAGGCCCAGAAACGUAACGAAGAGCUGCGAAGAGACAUUCAGCAAUUCCUCACGAGAGAACCACAAGCUCCCACCUAACAGUCAUUUUCAGAUUCACUAGUAUAAGGAUUUAUCACCCCAUUAACCUCAACAGAACUAAUUUCACAGGGGCUGAUUAUGGAAAAUAUCAUCAUCCUCUAGUGGGUUGACACUGGAUUGUUUCCAUUUGAGCUCUGUUUGGUCCUGAAGAUAAAUUAUUAGCUCCUCACUUGUCUGUGAGGAAAGUCUGUUAAGAAGAAAUUUGAAUAGGUUUUAAUAUCACUAUUCACAGACUUCAAAUGCAACACAAGUUUGUUCUCCCCACUGGAGAGGUGAUGUCACUGAUUAUGAACUUACACCAGAUGGUGACAGAAAAGGCAGCAGCACACUUGGAAGAUUAUUUCUAUAGAUUUAAUGUCAUUUGGCAACUCGGAAAAGGAAGAAAUGAGUUUCCAUGGAAAUGCAAGGCUGGACAACAUCAGUUUAGAUUACACUCUUUGAUCAGAGGACGUCUGAACUGUAUAAUAUUAAUGGUGAACAUUACAAAUAUCAUGUGUCAUACAGAGUGAAAAGUUCAUCAUUUCUUGUGUCAUUUUAUGGUAAAUUAAUAAAGCUGCACAAAUUUAA